ACACGAGUCCGGUGCGAGCCAGGCCGGGAGCUCGAUGGUUCGGGAGGGCGGCAUGGCCAGGACACCCCGCAGCUCGACCCAGGAGAUCCAGAUGGACGUGUUCGAGAACCCCGGCCUCCAGGGGAAAUACAGCAAGCGGAAGAGCAGGUUUAAACGCUCUGAUGGCAGCACCUCCUCGGACACGACUUCCAACAGCUUCGUCAGACAGGGCUCCGCAGAUUCCUACACCAGCCGCCCCUCGGAUUCAGAUGUGUCCCUGGAGGAGGAUCGUGAGGCACUGCGCAAGGAGGCCGAGCGCCAGGCCCUGGCGCAGCUGGAGAAGGCCAAGACCAAGCCGGUGGCAUUUGCCGUGAGGACAAACGUGGGCUACAACCCGUCCCCCAGUGAUGACGUGCCAGUCCAGGGCAUGGCCAUCUCCUUCGAACCCAAGGACUUCCUGCAUAUCAAAGAGAAAUACAACAACGAUUGGUGGAUCGGGCGCCUGGUGAAGGAGGGCUGCGAGGUGGGGUUCAUCCCCAGCCCCGUCAAGCUGGAGAACAUGAGGAUGCUGCAGGAGCAGAAGAUGAGGCAAAACCGCCUGAGCUCAAGCAAAUCGGGGGACAACUCCAGCUCCAGCCUGGGAGAUGUGGUGACAGGGACCCGCAGACCCACCCCAUCUGCCAGUGGUACUCUGGACAUGACUAAUUUAGCUUAUGACCUAGAUGCCCUUGACUUAGAGCUGGAGGAGGCUGAGGGCCUGGAGAACCCCCGAUCUCCUAAGACUAGCGUCAGCAGUGUCACCACAUCCCCCUCCAACGUCAAGCGCAUUCCCUUCUUUAAGAAGGCGGAGCAUGUGCCGCCGUAUGACGUGGUGCCCUCCAUGCGGCCGAUCAUUCUUGUGGGGCCGUCCUUGAAGGGGUACGAGGUGACGGACAUGAUGCAGAAAGCCCUCUUCGAUUUCCUGAAGCAUCGCUUCGACGGCAGAAUCUCCAUCACACGGGUGACGGCCGAUAUCUCCCUGGCCAAGCGCUCCGUGUUGAACAACCCCAGCAAACACACCAUCAUUGAGCGCUCCAGCACGCGCUCCAGCCUGGCUGAGGUGCAGAGCGAGAUCGAGCGGAUUUUUGAGCUGGCCCGGACACUUCAGCUUGUGGCCCUGGACGCCGACACUAUCAAUCACCCGGCCCAGCUGGCCAAGACUUCGCUGGCCCCCAUCAUCGUCUACAUCAAGAUCACUUCCCCCAAGGUGCUCCAGAGGCUGGUCAAGUCCCGGGGGAAGUCCCAGGCCAAGCACCUGAACGUGCAGAUGGUGGCAUCGGAUAAGCUGGCACAGUGCCCUCCGGAAAUGUUUGACAUCAUCCUGGACGAGAAUCAACUGGAAGAUGCCUGUGAGCACCUGGCUGAGUACCUGGAAGCCUAUUGGAAGGCCACGCACCCGCCCAGCAGCAACCCGCCCAAUCCCCUCCUGAACCGCACCAUGGCCACCGCUGCACUGGCCGCCAGCCCCGCCCCCGUCUCCAACCUCCAGGGACCCUACCUAGUGCAUGGGGAGCAGACGCGUGAGGGGGAGCGCGCCAGCCUGCACGACUACUCGGGGGAGCUGGUCAACCGCGGCCAGGGGCGGCCAGGCCAGCAGCACGCUCGCCUGGCCAACCGUGGCCUGUCCCGCCAGGACACCUUCGACUCGGAGACCCAGGGCAGCCGUGACUCUGCCUACACCGAGCUGGGCGACUCCUGCAUGGACAUGGAGACGGACCCCUACGAGGAGCCCGAGCCCCGCGGCGGCACCCCCGGCGCCUACCCCCGGGGCCUGGGCCGCCACCACCUCCACCAACGCCAGGGGUCCUGGGACGAGGCCGAGCCCGACCACCAGAACCACAACCGGCAGCUGCGGGGCCGGAGCAAAGGGCGCGACCGCUACUGCCCCAGUGAGGAGGAGGCCAUGAGCCGGAACAAGAACGACCUGGAGGGCUGGGGGCGGGACGUGUACAUCCGCUAGGGGAUGGGGUACCUGGCUGCUAGGGGCCCCAGGGGGUGGGGCUUCGGUCAGCUAGGGGCCCCUGGGAUGGGGCAUUAUCUACUGUGGGGGAGAACCUCUCUCCUCAAGGAGCCUCUUGAGCAUAGAGCUCCCCUAUGAGGCUGGUUUGGUUCGUGCCCCCUAACAGGGCUGGCCUGAGAUUGUAUGAUGCUCUCCCCUGCCCCCCAUGGGGAUCUCUUGCCAGCAGUGCCAGGGGGCCCCUCUGCCAGUGGUGCUCCCCGCUCAUCUCCCAUAAGAUAGUGAAGAUUCACACCCACCUUAAACCCCUCUGGGGAUCCUGGGGGAGGCGUUGUUCAAUGGUUUGAGCAUUGGCCUGCUAAACCCAGGGCUGAGAGUUCAAUCUCUGAGGGGGCCAUUUAGGGAACUGAGGUAAAAAUCUGUCUAGGAAUUGGCACUGCUUUGAGCAGGGGGUUGGACUAGAUAAUGACCUGAGGUCCCUUCCAACCCUAAUAAUCUAUGACUUUUUCCCUGCCCCCAAAGCUGACCAAACUGGGACCCAGCUUACUCCCCCCUGCCUGCCCCCCCUCACAUGCAGAUGUGUGGCAUGCAGCACCAUGCCCUGAGGCAGGGCACCUUCCCCCCACCCUGGGGAGGAAAGCAUGCUCAACCCCGGUAUGUAACCGAUCAGUCCCAGGGCUGCCUUGAAGCAGCCACCUCCUCCUUGCUCCCUGCCCUGGUUCUGAUUCCCCACUCAUCCCACCCUCCACAUCCCAUUGUAUUUCCAUGGUGCUCUCAAUGAUCCAGCUGCCAGGGGAGUGGGAGGGCCGGCGCCUCUGAUUGCUGGAGAGAACCGGGGUCCCUGCCCAGUGCCAAGGAAUCUCCUCUAUGGUCCAGUGCCUACAACAGAACCCAGCGCCUUGACCACACGACUCCAUCCAGGCUCAGCCUGCAGCUCCCACAGCUCGAUUUCACCUGCCAGGAGAGAGCAGAUGGGGAAGGGGGUGAUGCAUGCGUGUGGGGUGUGCACUGGGGCCUGUGCCCCAUAAGGGACCCAACGUAGGGUGGCUGUGCUGAAUGCGUCCACCCUGCUUGCUGAGCUGUGCGGCAUUCCCCGCAUGCGAGUGCUGUGUGGUGGCCAGAAGGGGUGGGUUGACACUCUGAUUUCUGAGGGCAAGGCAGCCCCUGGGCUGUAAUGCCCCCUGCUCCCUAAAGCGGGGAAGGGCUGGAGGGGGUGGUAUCUCCCAGCUGGCUUGGGAAGGGAGGAGUUAACAGCUUCUCAAGGCUCAGCUCUGGCCUGCCCUGUUCUCUUGCACCCACUUAUGGGGUGGGAACCAGGGCUCAUGGCCCUGCCUGUGGGACCCUUCACUUCUUGGGUAUUUUUAUCCCAGCCGGAGCCUGCAACUCCCCAGCAGGCUCCUACCCAAAGGCCCAGGGCCUUCCCUGCCCUCCCCGCUGGGGCUCAGUUCCUCUCUCCCCCCCCCGCCCAUGCUGCCUGGGAUGGUGGAGGCUGGGAGGAGGGUGGGGUGAAAGAGAUCUGGAUGGAUCCAGCCCAGACCUCUGAUUUUCUGGGCAGCGCUGCUUCCCCCCUCCCGCAGCCAGUGCCAAAACCUGGGCUGACAUGAAAGGGCCAUGGCUGCCCAGCGCCCCUCCCCUGUCCUGUGCUGUGUCUUGCGUCCCUGUGGCUGUCUGAUGUGUGUCCAGUCCUGUCUUGUCCGGCCAUGGUGCGUCCGUGUGUGUGAGCACUUGUCUGUCCCCCCCACCGCCACACACCAGCUGGGACAUGGGCAGGGCCUGGCUCUGCAUAGCGCCUCUUGGAUGUGAGUUCCCCUGGCGCUCUGCCCAUCAGACGUCCCCCACAUCACAUGUGCGCCAGCCUCCCUGCCCUGCACGGUGGCUGUGGAUCCAGCCCACCCCUGCUCCGCCUGAAGGGAAUGUGAAGCUUUGCUCUUAGAGUCUGUCGGGGGUGGUGGCAACCCCCCCCCCAAUUGGGGUAUCACUGGAAGCUUCACCAGGGGAGCCCUGGGAGGCACUGCCUUAGACCAGACCCAUGGGCCGACCAGUCCCACAUCUGGCAUUCGCUGUAAACCCUGAUUGUGCAGCACCGUCCUGGUUUUGGUGGCCUCUUGAGGUUGAUUGGCAGCUGUCUGAUUCCUACAGUGCCACCUAGUGGUUAGAAGAGGGACCUGGGGUGCCUCAGCUCCACACCUAGCGCUGCCAUUUUGUCAGGCCACACUCCUUUUCUGUGCCUCAGUUUCCCCUUUCUGUAAAUGGGGAGAUAACAAACCUCCACUAAGCGCUAUGAAAUCCGCAAGCUCUAGCCACAUCAAUGUAUUGUAGAUACUGCACUUCAUGGCUCUCUGUGCCACUGCUCAUAGCUUCAUGGUGGUAGCAGGCCUAGGACUCAGCACACAGGUCUCUACCAUUUGAACUACAGGAGAAUCUCCUUUGGCAGUAUGGGGCCUAUGAUACACUAUUGAACCCGGUAGAGGGUGGCGGGGAGGAGGUGUCUGUGAAAUGUACACAGGCCAAAUGUGAGCAAAGCCACUUGAAAGCAAUGAACUGUCCUGUAUUUAUGUCAUUUAACAAACUAUUUUAAAAGUGUAUUUUAUUUAUUUAUUAUUGUUCAUUCGGGGAGGGGGUAACAUUAUCCCAUUCGCUUGAUUCUUUGUAAUAAAUAUU